AUGACGUCAACACCAACCAACCAAGAAAUCCACAAUCAAAGCUCAAAAUUCGACAUCGACAUCCUCGAAGAAGCCGCGUACGUGUUAUGGUACGUCUGGCGCGACAAGUACGCGCGUUACGCCACCCUUGCUUCAUGCAUCGAGGCACUGGCGGGGGAUGGAGAGUUGUAUGAGGCUUUGAAGACGGCCAGGAGGCGGAGGAGGUAUGAUGCUAUACGCAAUUGGAACGCGGAACGAGACGCGUCGACUUCACAAGACGCAGAGGUCCAGAAGGACAUUCAAAAUUUCCUUCAGGAACUCCAGCCGACGAUGACGAAACUCGUCAUAGGCGACAUUUCUCUCCCUCUAUGGUCUCCCCCAGACGGUUCUAUGGAUCCAAAAAUCGCACGACACCUUGAGAGCUUGCACAUAACUUGCUUAAAAGGCAAACCAAACUUGCUACUGCACGACCUGGGAAGCUUCCAGGACGACGAGUCGCUUCAAAAACGACUACGGAACAUCUUCAUGCCUAACAACCACACCUUCCUAGUCAACACCUCCGGCUCAGGAAAAACUCGGCUCCUCCUUGAAGGCCUCUGCACGCACUGGGGGUUCUACUUCACCUCCCUAGUCGACUCCAGCCUCCUCGGCUCAAGCGACGUCCAAAACACAAUCGAGACCCACCUCCCGCAUGCACCCCAUUUCAAGGGGAAUUUACCUCCGCCUGGGUCGAGCGGAUAUCAAACGGCGUUGGAUGCGAAUCGCGAGAUUGCCGGUAGGCUAUUCAAGAGGGUGUUUUUAGCGAGGUUGAUCUUGUUUAGUGCGUUUGCUGAGACUAUGACGAAGUGUCUUCGUGACCACAAGAAGGAAGAGGAGGAGGAGAGUGAGGAUGAGAUGAGGGUGUACAAACAACGCUGGCUCCUCCUCCAACUCCUACCUUCCUUUGUCCAUCCACAAGUAUGGGAUGUGUUUCACGCCCUGUCCUGUAAACUAUCCAACGCAUCGGACAGCUACGUCAAUGUACGGACUAAAGACCUCCUAACACGCGUCCGCACCCUCUGUUCGCGUUCCCAACGACGAUCCACAUGCACAAGUGCACGCACGCUAUCAACCUCCGACACAGCCCAAACACCCCUCUUCUGCAUCCUCGACGAAGCCCAACACGCAGCAACGCACCACUCCACCUCCUUCCGCUCCGACCACUCCGCCGCCCACCGUCCCGUCCUGCGCGAAAUUGUGCGUGCAUGGGAAGGUCAGUCAGUGGGGCACGGCGUGUUCAUGGUCGUCGCUGGUACGGGUAUAUCCAAAGACGUCGUGGAUCAGGCGAUGGCGUCGGCUAUUAUGAAGGACUCGAGGUAUCGGUGGUGUUCGGAUACGGGGGCGUUUGAUGAGGUGGAUGUGCAGAAGAGGUAUUUGGAAAAGUAUCUACCGAGGUGUGUUUUGGAUACGCCGGCGGGGAGGAGGUUGGUGGAGAGGGUUUGGUAUUGGUUGCAUGGGAGACAUCGGUUCACGGCGGGAUUCGUUGCGGAACUUAUUGUCAACGGGUUUCGCAGAUGUCAUGGGCUUUUGAAUGCCUAUGUGGAACAUUUCACGCAUUUCAGUGUCACCGAUGCCCAGUCCUUCGUCGAGGCGGAAAGUUCAGAUGCGCUCCCAAAUCUCUCGCAAUACAAACUCGACUUUUCAAAACUAAAGAAAAACAGUGACAUGCUAACGACAAUUCACCAACUAACAACACACUACCUAAUGCGUUCCGUUCUCCCCCUCACACUCGGGAAAGACGAAGCGACCUACGUCGAAUACGGGUUCGCUCGCUUCACAGACCCCGAGACGAAAACAGUCGCAGUAGACGAACCACUCGUCCUCCUAGCCGCAACCCACUGGAUAAACGCAAACCACCGCACGAGCUAUAAAUUCUUCGCAAAGCAGAUCCAUUUACACGAUCCGGCAUCGAACGGAUUCGAAAACUACAUCGCUUUUUGCUUAGACAUAAUUUUUUCAUCACAACGGAGAAGGAUCAAUGAGGUUUUUUCGUUCGUUGGUACACCCCCACCUUGGUCUGAGCUGGAAGCUGAACUUGUUGCCUUGCACCGCACUACUACUACUGAUCCUCAAGGCACCGUAGAACAGGGCAGCGUCCGCCAUUUCGCGUUUUCCGGACCUUCGUUGGCGCUGGGUAUCAACGCGAAAACGCCCACGGAAACCACUGCAUGGCUGAACCACCGCUCGCACACUCCGUUUUGCUUCCCAGUUGACUCGAUGGGUCCCGACCUCAUAUUUGUGCUUCGACUUGUGGAUGGGACGACGAUCUGGGUCGCCCUUCAGGCAAAGUUUUCGUCAGGGAAGAACGGAUCUCUUUCGAGACCGUUUCUCAGGCGCGCCAUGCGCUCCGUUACGCCCUCCAACUUCUUCUUUGACAAGGAAGGCAACCGAUAUUCCCCAACAAGCCAUCCCACCCUCGUUGAAGAAACCAGGACCCUCCUCCGCGCACUCCCACACCGUCGUCGCUCAGACGCCGGGAAAUACAGCCUCCUACGCGUCGUCGCUUCCUUCCCCGCAGAUACCAACCUCAAGCGGUGUUUGGAGGAAGAUCCGGACGAGGAGGAUGGUCACCCCAUCGCGAGUCUCAACAUGACGCUCGUCAAACAUCUCACGCGGAAAUUGUCGCCUGUGGAUUUUUUGGAGGGGCUUGAGGACCCGUUGAGGGAUGGUGGUGCUGCUGGAAAGCGGAGGCGGGGGGGUGAAGUUCCGAAACGACGGUCGAAAAAGAUAAAGCUCAAUUAA